CCUCAAAUUUUUAUGUUUUUUUCCAAAUUUUCCAUAAAAUCUUCAAAAUUUUGCAUCGUCACAUCAAUUAAAUUUAAAAAAAAAAUUAUUUAUUUACCGAUGACGCGUUUUUUUUUCACUCAUCGCCGCUCAAAAUACUUCGUGAUUCAUUCUCUCACGCAAUGAUGCCGCACUCUCUCCCGUCUUUUCUUCUUCUUAUGCAUAAAAGACACAGAAAAGCAGGGAAAAUUAGUUUCAGUGAAGCUUUCGACGUGAAUUGACGCCGAAUUUCUGCGGAUCUGCUUCUGUCAUUUUUUUUUAAAGAAAAUAUUUUUUUGACCUUCAAAAAACUUUUUAUUACUGAAAAACCAAAAAUAAAUACGUGAAAAAAAUUUUAGAAAAAAUCUCUGUGGAGAAAAAGUGUCAAAUUUUCUUGUAAAAUAAAAAAAGAAAUUAAUCAAAACUCACAAACAUGUCUACAUCAUAUCGUCGCCCAAGAAGAUCUCGCAUCUAUGAUGCCAACUUCAACAUUGGCUACAAUACCUACAAGCCAGCUUUGGAUAGCAUCGAUCGCAAAUACAAUACACCGAGAAUAUUCAGAGAGUCCUCAUUGCCCCGCCCCCGUUUGGAUUUCGGCAUUGACACGAGCGCCGACGGAAGUUUAGCUGAUGCCAGACACCGUGCAUCACGUGCCAUCACGGAAGAAACCGUUUUCGAUUCACGCGGCUUCAAAGUGCCUCGUGCCGGCGUGCCAUUGAGUGAGAUCGAAUCAUCCUUUGACCAAGAUAUGGAUGACUCACUCGCCAGAAUGCGCGCCAGCAACAAAAUGCGCCAAUUAGAUGCCGAACUCGAUUACGAGAUGCCAACGUUUGCGCGCAAGGCAAAGGCCGAAAUUGACGAGGCCAUUCACGGUGUCAAGUCACACACGUCGGAAGCGACAAACUUCAUUAAGAAGCGCGCAUUGAAAGUAAGUUUCAGUCCUCAUGUUGAGGCGCGGCAAAAGGUCGUUUCUAAUACAGAAGACGUUGCCGCCAGUGACUUGACCCGAUGGAGCAAACUCGAUACAUCGUUAGAUGAUUCGUCGUCAUUAGCGAAACAACGUGCCGCCCAAUCCAAAGCGCGUCUCGCCGAACUCGAAGAUGACAUGUAUCAACGUGAAGAGAGACAAAUUGCCCGUGAACGACGUGCCGCCAACUUGAAAAAAAUGAUCCGCGACGAAUUUGACAUGGAUGCUGAAACUAAAGCGAUUGAAUUUUAAGCUCACAAAAUAAAUUUAAAAAAAAAUCCACAAAGAUAUUUAUUUUGAAAGUUGCUGGUUCAUUUUUUCAUUUCAUUUUUAAAUUUAUAAAAAAAAUCAGAAGCACGUAAAAAUAUUUAUUUUUAUUAGAAUUGUAAGA